CAUGGUAAAUCAUCCAUAGCUCUCUCUCUCUCUCUCCCUCUCUCUCCGCUAUCUUACAAUAUGUGAUUCUGGUGAAUCAUCCAUAGAACUCUCUCUCUCUCUCUUUUGAGGAUGCCAUAAUGGUAAAUCAUCCAUAGAACUCCUCUCCCUCUCUCCUCUUGCUGAGACACUAUAAAACAGGAUGAAGCCGCAGGGGUGACGAGUCAUGCAAAAGCGGCAGUGAACAGAAUGGGUGCUCAGGGCGACCGCGAACUUUCUCAUGGGGCAUCUCCUUGCCGGGGUCCGACUUUCCGAGGCGUCAGGCGCCGGAGUUGGGGCACUUACGUGUCCGAGAUUCGGGAGCCAAGGAAGAAGACCAGGAUCUGGCUGGGCUCCUUCACCACGGCGGAAAUGGCCGCCCGUGCCUACGAUACGGCUGCCUACCACCUCAAGGGCAGCUCCGCCAUCCUAAAUUUCCCGGAGAUGGCCUGUUCACUUCCUCGCCCUUUGUCAUCUUCCCGGCGGGACAUCCAGCUGGCCGCAGCAAAGGCGGCCGCCAACUUCCACAUUGAGUGCCAGUCUUCCAGGAGCAGCGGCAACACCGUCGACGGCGAUCGAGGCUCCCCACAGCACCAUCCUAGCUCUAGCAACGAUACUAGUGCUGGUUCACCGGAAACAUCUUCAUGGCAGUCGGAUGCCGAGCUGGUUGCCCUGUUUCGAGAAAUUGAGGGCGCCCCUUUACUCAGUCCCGUCCAUCUGAUUGAUGACUUUGAGAUCAACAACGGUUUUGGCAUCGAAGAAUUCCCGCUAUAUGACUGGAUUAUGUAAUAUACAUAUAUAUUUGCACUUAUGGCUUCACUUAGAUGCUCAUUGUAGGGGAUUAAAGGACCAAAAACGGCUACCCGCUUUUAAGAACACAAGCCCGUGAUGUCAGUAGUACUUUUCCAGUGAUCCUGAUGGGUGUCGGAUGAGGUACACAGGAUUCCGGUGAUCGUGGUCAAGGUAUGAGAUAAGGAAAGACUCACUCUCAACUUGUAUGUUAAUUUAUUUCAUUUUAGGUAAGAAGAAAAUUUGUACCUUGUAUUUGUAGUAACAUAUAUCUAAAAAUCAAUGAAUGAGUUGUUGGGGUUA